AUGACGCCAGAUCGCAUUAUCAGUGUGUUUAAUCAAUUCGACACGAACAAGGAUGGAAAUGUAAGUUUUGAUGAAUGUAACCGUAUCCUCAAUUUGUUCGGAAUCUCCAUGAAAGACCAGAUUUUUGAUAUAUUAGUCCGCCAAGUUGAUAAAGAUCAUUCCGGCGGUUUAACCCUGAAUGAAUUCGCAGUCGUAUGA